CUACCCCAUGACUGCUUUGUUUCCAGCGCUGAACAAUGGCAGCGAAUGUUGGUGGCAGUUUAGCUGAAACCACUUCAUACGUACGGCGCGAGCCAGUCCUUCUGGUACCGCCACAACUUGCCAAGUCUUCCUACGCGGUUUUGAUUCGGUGCCGCUGUGUAGCUCGGCUCUGGCAUCUGGCAGGACGGCAUGGCUCACGCACUCAUCGCUAUGGAGAUUUUAUAGCGAUUCCCAUUCUUUCAGAAGAAGUUGUGUCGAAAGCUUCGUUGUUGGACCGAGAACUGUGCUCUCUUCUACGAACGCAAGGCGUUUCCAUUGUGGAGAAAGAUUUUCAGCCAUCAAAUCGCAUUCACAUCCCACCCCCUUUUGACGCGCGGAUUCAUCCGGAGAGAGCUCCGCCAGCACGUGUCGGAACGGGUGCGGAGAUCACACAAGUUCCCAGUCGACGGGCAGCUUUCUCGUACGCGGAAUUGUUUGCUGGUAUUGGCGGCUUUGGCGUAGCGUUGGAAUCCCUCGGUGGUGAGUGUGUAUUCUGCUCAGAAAUUGACGAAGUCUGCCGAACAGUUUACGCGUUAAAUUUUUCGACAAAGAACCAACAUGGAGAUAUUUAUGAGGUUCGGGAUAGAGACUUUCCCUCGCAGCUGGACUUAUUAGUAGGAGGUUUUCCGUGCCAGCCCUUUUCGUCGCUUAGUGAACAGCCAGGUCUACAUUGCCCAAAAGGCAAUUUGUUCUUACAGAUUGUGCGCGUUCUCAAAUUAUCAAAACCGAAAGCCUUCCUAUUGGAAAACGUUCCGGGCCUCGUCCGCAUGAAAGAUAGUUUGAAUGUAAUUGCGAAUGCUCUUAGCGACGCCGGCUAUGACGUGACUACGGAAGUUUGUGACGCCCGUGGUCUUGUUGCCACUUCUCGGAAACGUCUCUUUUUUGUGGGCUUGAGAAGGCAACAAGGUAUAGAAAAUGCUCCUUUUGAGUUCCCUUUCAUCCCCGACCUUGGUUUUCGCGGAGUGGAUGUACUAGAAUACUGCGAUAUUACCAACGAUACCAUUCUACGCAUAAACGAUGAUCAAAUGGACCGAUUAAGCCGUGAAAAGUACUGGAAGCCCGCUCACUUGGCGUGGCCAAAUACUGUCUGUCAAACAUUGGUUUCGCACUAUGGAAAUUCUGUAUCUCGGGGAAAAUCCCAACUUGUCCCGUGCGCUACUGGAAAUCCACGCCGCUUUUCUGCUCGCGAAUGUGCCCGCAUAAUGGGGUUUCCGGAUCGAUUUAUCUUGCCUAAACGAAGAGAGAACCAAGGAGAAAUGGCCCAUCUGAAAGAACAGUACAGGAUGUUUGGCAAUGCUGUAUGUCCCCCUUUGAUCGCAGCAAUAGCUGGUGCCGUCCUAGCACGGUGCAAUAAAAUGACUGGGUAUUCUGACCACUCCUGUUGGGUCGACAGGGGUAGGUUUGCUGCAGUAAAAUUGGCCAAUGAAGCUACUUUAAGACAGGAUGGAAUCACUGAGGAAAGCAGUGAGGCCGACCGUUUAUAG